GAGUUACCGGCUGAAGAAGGAAAAACCUUGCUGGAACUUGUGAUUGAACAGUUUGAAGACUUACUAGUUAGGAUUUUAUUGCUGGCAGCAUGUAUAUCUUUUGUUUUGGCUUGGUUUGAAGAAGGUGAAGAAACAAUUACAGCCUUUGUAGAACCUUUUGUAAUUUUACUUAUAUUAGUAGCCAAUGCAAUUGUGGGUGUAUGGCAGGAAAGAAAUGCUGAAAAUGCAAUUGAAGCCCUUAAGGAGUAUGAGCCUGAAAUGGGCAAAGUGUAUCGACAGGACAGAAAGAGUGUACAACGUAUUAAAGCUAAAGACAUAGUUCCUGGUGAUAUUGUAGAAAUUGCUGUUGGUGACAAAGUUCCUGCUGAUAUAAGAUUAACUUCCAUCAAAUCUACAACUCUAAGAGUUGACCAGUCAAUUCUCACAGGUGAAUCUGUCUCUGUAAUUAAGCACACUGACCCCGUCCCUGACCCACGGGCUGUCAACCAAGAUAAGAAGAACAUGCUCUUUUCUGGUACAAACAUUGCUGCUGGGAAAGCCAUGGGAGUGGUGGUGGCAACUGGAGUUAACACUGAAAUUGGCAAGAUCCGGGAUGAAAUGGUGGCAACGGAACAGGAAAGAACACCCCUUCAGCAGAAACUAGAUGAGUUUGGGGAACAGCUUUCCAAAGUCAUCUCCCUUAUUUGCAUUGCGGUCUGGAUCAUAAACAUUGGGCACUUCAAUGACCCAGUUCAUGGAGGCUCCUGGAUCAGAGGUGCUAUUUACUACUUUAAAAUUGCAGUGGCCCUGGCUGUAGCAGCCAUUCCUGAAGGUCUGCCUGCUGUCAUCACCACCUGCCUGGCUCUUGGAACUCGCAGAAUGGCAAAGAAAAAUGCCAUUGUUCGAAGCCUCCCUUCUGUGGAAACCCUCGGUUGUACUUCUGUUAUCUGCUCAGACAAGACUGGCACACUUACAACGAACCAGAUGUCAGUCUGCAGGAUGUUCAUUCUGGAUAGAGUUGAAGGUGAUACUUGUUCCCUUAAUGAGUUUACCAUAACUGGAUCAACAUAUGCACCUAUUGGAGAAGUAAUAAUGAUGCAACGGAGGACAGGUUGUUCUUCCAUGGAGAAAAAAAGAGAAAUUUACCUGUUUACCUCUUUUCUCUUUUUCCACUUUCUAUGCCUUUAACCAAUACAGGCAAAGGGUGUGUACGAAAAAGUUGGAGAAGCUACAGAGACCGCUCUAACCUGUCUGGUAGAGAAGAUGAAUGUAUUUGAUACUGAAUUGAAGGGUCUUUCUAAAAUAGAACGUGCAAAUGCCUGCAACUCGGUAAUUAAACAGCUGAUGAAAAAGGAAUUUACUCUAGAGUUUUCACGUGAUAGAAAGUCAAUGUCGGUUUAUUGUACACCAAAUAAACCAAGCCGGACAUCAAUGAGCAAGAUGUUUGUGAAGGGUGCUCCUGAAGGUGUCAUUGACAGGUGCACCCACAUUCGAGUUGGAAGUACUAAGGUUCCUAUGAGCCCUGGAGUCAAACAGAAGAUCAUGUCUGUUAUUCGGGAAUGGGGUAGUGGCAGCGACACACUGCGAUGUCUGGCCCUGGCCACUCACGACAACCCACUGAGAAGAGAAGAAAUGCACCUCGAGGACUCCGCCAACUUUGUUAAAUAUGAGACCAAUCUGACUUUUGUUGGCUGCGUGGGCAUGCUGGAUCCCCCAAGAAUUGAAGUGGCCUCCUCUGUGAAGCUGUGCCGGCAAGCAGGCAUCCGGGUCAUCAUGAUCACAGGGGACAACAAGGGCACCGCUGUGGCCAUCUGUCGCCGCAUUGGCAUCUUCGGGCAGGACGAGGAUGUGACGUCAAAGGCUUUUACAGGUCGGGAGUUUGAUGAACUCAGCCCCUCAGCCCAGAGGGAUGCCUGCUUGAAUGCCCGCUGUUUUGCUCGGGUCGAACCUUCCCACAAGUCCAAAAUUGUAGAAUUCCUUCAGUCUUUUGAUGAGAUUACAGCUAUGACUGGCGAUGGUGUGAAUGAUGCUCCUGCUUUGAAGAAAGCUGAGAUUGGCAUUGCCAUGGGCUCUGGCACUGCGGUGGCUAAAACCGCCUCUGAGAUGGUGCUGGCAGAUGACAACUUCUCCACCAUUGUGGCUGCUGUUGAGGAGGGGCGGGCAAUAUACAACAACAUGAAGCAAUUCAUCCGUUACCUCAUCUCGUCUAACGUGGGGGAAGUUGUCUGUAUCUUCCUGACAGCAGCCCUUGGAUUUCCUGAGGCUUUAAUUCCUGUCCAGCUGCUCUGGGUCAAUCUGGUGACAGAUGGCCUGCCUGCCACCGCACUGGGAUUCAACCCUCCAGACCUGGACAUCAUGAAUAAACCACCCCGGAACCCCAAGGAACCGCUGAUCAGCGGGUGGCUCUUUUUCCGUUACCUGGCUAUUGGCUGUUAUGUCGGCGCUGCUACCGUGGGUGCUGCUGCGUGGUGGUUCAUCGCGGCCGACGGUGGUCCAAGAGUGUCCUUCUACCAGCUGAGUCAUUUCCUACAGUGUAAAGAUGACAACCCGGACUUUGAAGGAGUGGAUUGUGCAAUCUUUGAAUCCCCAUAUCCGAUGACAAUGGCACUCUCUGUUCUAGUAACCAUAGAGAUGUGUAAUGCCCUCAACAGCUUGUCUGAAAACCAGUCCUUGCUGAGGAUGCCCCCUUGGGAGAACAUCUGGCUCGUGGGUUCCAUCUGCCUGUCCAUGUCGCUCCACUUCCUGAUCCUUUAUGUAGAACCCCUGCCACUCAUCUUCCAGAUCACACCACUGAAUGUGACUCAGUGGCUGAUGGUGCUGAAAAUCUCUUUGCCUGUGAUUCUCAUGGACGAGACACUGAAGUUUGUGGCCCGCAACUACCUGGAACCUGGUAAAGAGUGUGUGCAGCCUGCCACCAAAUCCUGCUCACUCUCGGCAUGCACCGAUGGGAUUUCCUGGCCAUUUGUACUGCUCAUAAUGCCUCUGGUGAUCUGGGUCUAUAGCACAGACACUAACUUUAGUGAUAUGUUCUGGUCUUGACUGACAGUUUUACAUAAAGAAGAUGUUUAACUUAACCAAUUAAUUUUUUAUUGUUUAAAGCAACUGUCUUUCUGCUGAAUUUUCACAUGAACAUAUUGGCUGGUGACGGAGGUUUCAUACUCUAGAUUUUGUUUUGCUUUUUCUGACUCGAGUGGGGCGAGAUUUUUCCUUUUUUAUACACAUAAUUAAAGUGUCCAUUGACAUGUACAGAGAACUAACACUAUUUUAUGCAAAUAUUUUUUUGUAGAUGAAAAAGCAUGUACAGUGUUCUGUUUAAUACUCAUCCUUGUAUAAAAAAAAUAGUUGAGCCAGCAGACAUUGUCAGCAAAUUAAUUGGCAGCAGAUUUUAGGAAAUGAACAUGUGUGUUUUUUUCUAAAACUAAAUAGCAUGUAUUGUGUCUUGCAUGAUUAUCUGGAUUUAAUUUGAUAUCACAGUCUAAUUUUUAUUCAUAAGCCAAUUUUUCUGCACUGAGCAGAGUCCUGCUACCUCAGUCAGCAUUUUUUGGUUUGCCACACCCUUCACCCUCUUGGCCCUCCAUUCACCCCACCCCUACCCCUACCCCCGCUCCACUCCGCUUUUUCUGUGGGUUUUUGAUGGUUCUGUUUACAUCAGUCUUAACGAGAGGUAUGCCUGUUCUCGCUUGUGCAGAAAACAUUGUUCCAGAUUCAAUUGACUGGGUUUAUGUCCCUUCACAUAGUUUUUAAGGUUAUUUAUUUAAAUGUCUAAUGUAUUUUAUUGUAACAGACAUUGUUUUGCCAACAUUGCCUAUUUCAGUGGCAUUUCACAAUCUAGUUUAAAAAGAAAAAUAAAACAUUUUAAAUGGACAGAGAGAAAUAACUGCCUUGUUUUUAACUCUUAAGUGGCUUACCUUGAACUGUUUAAUAGAUAUGUCCAUCUUUCUCAAGUUCUUAGUUCAGAACUGUAGUUUUACUGUGCUUGAGAGGAAGAAGGAUCCUGUUCUGCUGCAUAGGUAGUUGUAGGAAUUUCAUUUUUUAAUGUAUAGUACCAUUUGUCAUUUGUGGUAAUACAUUUUAUGAAAGUU